AGACAUUCAAGCGUAUCCCCUCUUAUUCUAGCAGCAGACGGGCAGCCAUCCUUGGCGGUGGCUUAUAUAAAAUACAAUUCAACUCUUUUCUCUUUUGUAUUCCCUAUUCAGAUCCAACCAACUUCCAGCCUAGUUUGUUUACCUAACCAUGGGCUAUACGGUUAUAUAAACAAUCGCUCAUCAUCAUGAUACUCGUCGUUACCUCGUCGGGCCUCACAAUAUUCCACAAGGCUAUGAUGACUUGAAAUCAACACUUAUUCGAACCUAUCAAUACAUAUAUCAAUACAUAUCAAGAAUCUUGUGAGAACGGAGGAUCCCACAAGUCAAGUAGUUCAAAUCAUACCGAUACUAAGGAUGUUCUAUCGCCCACUACUCUAGGGUUGCCCAUUUCCGUUUUUAUACCUAUGUAUUAGGUAUUUAACAUGGCAAAAUUAAGCGAGCCAGAUCUUGUUAGAAUACGAAAUAACCAAAGGAGAUCACGGGCUCGACACAAGAAGUACGUGGCAGACCUUGAAGAGCGACUAAGGCAGUGCGAGACGAAGGGCGUCGAAGCCAACUCACAGAUUCAACAAGCGGCCCGAAAGGUCGUACAAGAAAAUAGGAGACUUUCAGGUCUUCUUAAUAACCUAGGAUUUGACAACGAGAAGAUAAGUUACUUUCUUCAAACCGGCCAGCUCGAUGUCAGUAAUGUCACAACCCCAAAAUUUCUUCACGACCCAGAAAGCAUGAGCCAAACACCAGAUCUCCGCCUGCAACAGACUGACCUUUCCACAUUCGAUUAUAAUACCCCUACAAGCACCGCCUGCUCUCCUUCUGAGCUAAGCAGCAUUGGUGGCGAUGUUACAUAUGCUCUUAUAAACGGUCAGGAGCCAACCCAAGCUUUUACUACUGGGGUAGGAGAGCAUGUACAGCUACAUAGUCCAUGCGCGACGAGUAAUAUUGCUCUUCAACUCGAAAGCCAUGGCCUCCCGGAGUACUCGGCAUCCGAUCUUCCUCCCAGUUAUCCCAUCGCUGGAUCGCAGCAACAUCCACCUGGCCUGACUUAUCAGCCCAGAGGGUCUCAACUCUUAGACUCUAUUCAAUAUAUGACAGAUAUAGACUGCACCUCACACGAAGAGGAAGCGGGAAAGAAAUGGCAUAUGACGGACGAGCCUGUGAUGGCUUCAUAUCCAGCACGAGAGAGAGAUAUCAGCUACUCUAUAUCGCCUGAGAACGUGUACCAGGACUUUCAUUAUCAAAAUUACACCUAUUCUGAUUAUUCAUCAAUUGGGGAAUACGAUAAAGACGUAGCCAAUGUGAUGAGUGUCUAUUUAUGCUCUUCAGAUAAUACCUAA